AUGUUUGCUAGUGAGCACAGAGAUGGACCACCCAGCGAAUAUGAGACCUGUGGAGCAGCGCCCCCAGUUUGGUUUGGAUAUCGCUCACGAUACGCUUUUCCUUACCUCGCAGUGGUUGCACAAGUGGUGGCACCAGGUGCGGGUUUUGUGGAGGAUCUAGAUGAGUCGUUUAAAGAAAACCGUAAAGAUGAUAUUUGGCUCGUAGAUUUUUAUGCACCUUGGUGUGGCCACUGCAAGAAACUGGAACCUGUGUGGAAUGAAGUGGGUAUAGAAAUGAAAAACAUGGGCUCUCCGGUAAAAGUUGGGAAGAUGGAUGCAACUUCCUUUUCUAGUAUUGCAUCUGAAUUUGGAGUGCGAGGCUAUCCAACAAUUAAGCUCUUAAAAGGUGACUUGGCAUACAACUAUAGAGGACCUAGAACCAAAGAUGAUAUAAUUGAAUUUGCUAAUAGAGUGGCAGGACCUCUCAUCAGGCCACUUCCUAGCCAGCAUAUGUUCGAGCAUGUGCAAAAGAGACAUCGUGUACUUUUUGUGUAUGUUGGUGGUGAAUCUCCUUUAAAGGAAAAAUACAUUGAAGUUGCUUCAGAACUAAUAGUUUAUACGUACUUUUUCUCUGCCUCAGAAGAUGUGCUGCCUGAGUAUGUGACAUUGCCGGAAUUGCCUGCUGUUGUGGUCAUCAAAGAUGGAACUUACUUUGUUUAUGAUGAGUAUGAAGAUGGUGAUUUGUCUUCCUGGAUAAAUAGAGAAAGAUUUCAAGGCUAUCUCCAUGUAGAUGGCUUUACACUGUAUGAACUUGGAGAUACAGGAAAACUUGUGGCUAUUGCAGUCAUUGAUGAUAAAAACUCUUCAGUGGAACAUACCAGACUAAAAUCUAUUAUUCAGGAAGUUGCUAGAGAUUAUCGAGAUCACUUCCACAGGGAUUUCCAGUUUGGCCAUAUGGAUGGAAAUGAUUACAUUAAUAGUUUACUAAUGGAUGACUUGACAAUCCCUACUAUUGUGGUAUUGAAUACCUCCAAUCAGCAGUAUUUUCUGCCAGAUAGGCACAUUGAGAACACAGAAGACAUGGUUCAGUUUAUUAACAAUAUCUUGGAUGGUACAGCUGAAGCACAGGGUGGUGAUGGACUUCUGCAGCGAAUCAAGAGAAUAAUCUAUGAUGCCAAAUCCACUGUAGUGUCCGUCUUCAAGAGUUCACCACUUCUGGGAUGCUUUCUCUUUGGGUUGCCCCUGGGGGUCAUCAGCAUUAUGUGUUAUGGAAUCUGCAUAGCUGAUACAGAUGGAGGGGUAGAUGAACAUGAGGCAGCUAAAAAAGAAAACAGUGAUCGGGAGCUCACAGAUGAAGGCAGUGAGGAAGAACAAGAGGAGGAAAAGAAUGGAAGAUAUACAGGACUUUCAGAUGGAGAGCUUAAACAGAAAGACGUAAUGGAAAAGAAAAAAGACUAACUUGUUUAGCAAAAGAAUUCUCUAGAAUUUCCAAAUAGACUUAUUUAUUGAAGGUAGUCAUUUAUUGAUGAUCUUCAUGAAAAAGGACCUUUUUGUCUGCGUUAUGGUAGUUCUGACUUGCAUGUAUUCUAAUUUUCUUGGAAAUUGACAUUAACAAAAAAGUCUUUAAUUAACAAAGAGCAGUUUGAAGAAGUUUGCAGGUACAACUGUACACCAGGUUUUUUAAGUAGUUUUGAACUGUUCAUUUCUGGAACAGUAAAAUGUUAUUUGACCUUGGUGUAUGUGAUGUACUCCUAAUAUAGCCCAGCUAAACACUUGUUUAAAAUUAAGGCUGAAAACUGAGGAAGAUUAAGAAAUCUGUAAAGUCUUUCAGAGCCUGAUAGCUAAAGACAACUUUAGCAUUUUCCAAGAAGUCAUGUGUUCUACCUGUUGCACAUUAUUUUAGAAAAAAACCCCAAAUUUUUCUAUUUUCUCAAGUUAAAUAUAAAUUGUUAGGAAUGAGAGGACUGUUUUACCAUGUAAUGAUAUAAUUAUUGGCAGUCAAGAAUGUUUACCUGAUAUAGAAUGUGGGGGUUAUGCUAAAUUAAGUCUUAGCGCUUUAGCAGCUAAAACCAUCAGAAAACAAUAUAAACCUUUUAGAACAUGAUUGCCUGUUAAAUUGUUUUGUAUGAAUGCUUACACAAAUUUACAGGGAGAUGAUGUUUAAUUUUUCUGAAUCCACAGUACAACUUGGUAGGGGAAGACAGAAACACACUCAGUUUUGCAUAACCAAUGACAAGCUUUUUGAAUGGUGUAAAUUUAUUUUAUGGAUUUUAAUUAGAUUGUUAAAUAUCUUUUGAGGUAGUUGGUGGUGUUAACUUUUGUUUGAGACUGUUACCUACUCAGAAAGAGGGUGUUAAAGGAGCAUAAUAUUAACAUUCAUAGCGAAUGGUUAGUAUAAUGCAUUUUUGUUACCUGUUUAAUCCUAAAAGUCACUUUUAAUACAACUCUGUGACUGUGAAAAGGACUAACUUGUGUCCAGGGUUGUAAUCUUCAAGGAUAAGCUAUGAAGCAGCCUUUGGUGUCAGUGUCAUGGAGAAGACCACAGAAACAAAAUUUAUAUUUCUCUUCCUCUUAGUAUUCAUGCUGGAGUUUUUUUUCUUUCUUUUUUAUAAGGCUAUAUAAUCUGUAUAAUACAGAUUAUAAUGUCCUCCUUAUAAGGCAGCUUGAUCACAUAGGAAAUUGCUAUAGCACUAAAUUAAGGAACUUUAAAUAAAAACUAUGUAUAAGAUUAAAUAGACAAGUUCUGUGUUUCAGUCAACCUGAUGAUGAUAGAAAUCAUAACCAGGGAAAGUGUAUUGCAUCCUUUUUCCUUGUAGGAAAGAAACUUGUUCCUUCUGUUUAAGUAGCUUGGUAACAGCUGGCUUCAUAUUGCAGGUCAGAGCACAGUAAAAAGAUGCCUGACUUUAAAGAUUUUUUUUUUUUUUUUAUCAACCUAUAUAAGCAAUAUCUUAAGGAGAUCCGCUUCUGAUUUUGAGUCUGAACUUCUACCUUUAGGAAGGAGGGGAAAAAAAAAAAAAAAAAGAGUACAUAGAAUAGUGAGUAGCAGUGUCUGAUAUGGGUAUUUUUCCCUUUUUUUUCUCCUUUUUCCCCUCUAUGAAUUGCCUUUUUACAUUUUUUUUGUCAUUAUAGCUAGUUGUAUGUAGUGACUUGAGUUUUAUUGCUUUUUAUUUUGUUUUGGUUAUUUUUGGCAGAAUCUUUGAGGUGUAGUUUUAGCAUAUAUUUGAAGAGUGAGAUGCUUAAAAAUGUGUUUAGAAAGUUGGGGUUUUUUACAUGGUGUAGAGCUCUUGAGUUGUCUUUUUACUUUUUUAAAAAUCACUUAAUGACAAGCCUGUGAAUUUCUUCGGACUUUAGCAUGACUCAGUGCUGAUAGUCAAAAUGUAGGAGUUAAGGCAGUAAUGUGAUUUCUUCAUUUGUCUCUUCUUAAGAUUUCAACUACAGAUGAAUUACAUAUUUAAUUUUGUUUCAGGCUGGAAAUGUGCAGCUUUUGACUUAAAAACCCAGAAGUGUUCACUGGAACACUGCUUUUCCUUCUAUGGUGUGUAAUAAAAAAAAUAAUUCUGAAUUCUGCUGCACUGCUAAGAACAAUUUCAACUAUGAGCCUUCAUUUUUGUGGAUAUUUUUGUUUGUGUUUAUAAUCAGUAGUAGCCAAAUAACUUGCUGAGAAAUCUUCUGAGAUGCAAACUUGAAUAUGAUAAAUACUGUGUAAGAAACGGAUCAUGAUGGGAUCUGUUAAACCUGUAGCACUUAACCGGUAGAGUUAGGAGGAAAGCAUGUGUCUGGGUCACUUCUGAACUGUAGUAUCAAUCAGAUGUGUAUUGAACUGUUAAAAUUAAACUUGAAAUGUAUUGCCAUGUUCACAAAAUCCUUCUCCCAGCUAUAUUCAACAAGACACAGGGCAAACAUACAAGUCAUAUACUGGCUGUCAGAAUGAUGUGAAAUUAAGGGGUUUGCUGUGGUCAUGCAAGUAAUCUGGAAUGCCGUCUAGUGGGGGGGAUCUGGCAUUUUACUUUUUUUCUUCAGUCUCUAAAGGUUUCUUAAAGCAACUUCACUGUAAUGACUUUGAAUUCACAAAAUAAUGCUGCUUUUUUAAGUCAAGUGUAACCCUUUUGUUUUUCGGUAAUAAAAAUAUUUAGAAGA